AUGAUGGCCCCCACUCAACGCUCAAGAAGUCCACCGCGGACAUGGAGCGAGCGGUCCACCCGCUUCUUCCGGCUGUGGGUGCUCGCCGUCGUGCUCACCCUGGGAGCCAGCAUCUUCGUCAUGUCCCAAGGUGGAAUGUUCGACUUUCGCGAAACCGUCGAAUGGGUCCGCCUCCAGGUCGAUCGGGCCGUUUGCACGCCAGCCAAGCGAACUCCUGCUGAUCUGAGUGCGAUUGAUCUCGGCCCUCAAAAUUGCACGCACAUCCCCUUGCCGCCUCACAUGCGCGUCCCCCGCAUGUUUGUGGCCGACGAGGCCUUUGCCACCACCAUGAACGGCCUGACUUGUCGCGAAUGCGACGAACUUCCCGUGUACGACCAGAUCCGUCGCAACCUAACGGGCACUCUUGUCAACCGAGUGGAGGAUGCGGAAUUCAUUGUCCUUCCCUUUCCAGCCGAGUGCCACGACAGUUGCCGCUUCAACCGCCAGAUUGACUUUCGCCGCGCCGUGGACGCCAUGCAGCCGCUGCUGGACCGCAACCCCCGCGCCAAGCUGGUGACCGUGAGCCGACGGCCUUUCCCCGAGCGCACCAACUUCCGCACGCCCAUGCGUGACCUCCUUGCCAACAACCCCAACAUCAUGUUUCUUUCGCCAGAAAUUAAGAAUCUCCAGUCCCGCGAGCUCAGAUCCGGUGCCGCCAAGUUCUCCUUCCUCAACCACGUCAUCCUACCCCAGUUCCCCGUGGACUUUACCGUUUUUGAUGCCCCCUUUGCCCCAGACUGGGACCGACCCUAUCGCUUCUGCUUCCAAGGCACACUCCUCAAUGCUGAGCGCACCAUGGUCACGGAUGCGCUUCGCCAGCGCAAUGAUAGCUAUGUGCUGUCAACAUGUCGCUCCGAUCGCGCCGACUUUGCCGCCACCACCUUUAGCUCCGGGGACUCGGCUACGCUCUACUCACAAUGCCAGUUCUGCCCCACGCCCCGUGGUGACUCCAACUGCGAUACACGCUUCUUCGAUGCCAUGCGCGUCGGCUGCAUUCCCAUUGUGACCAAUGCCAUGCGCGCCACACCCUACAUCCGCCAUGUGGACUAUGCCACCUGGUCUUUGGCUUAUCUGCGUGACACCAACGCCAAGCGCUUUGCACAGUACCUUGAUACCUUGGCCGACCAGUCUCCGGAGAGUAUUCAUCAUCAGCGCUUGCGCAUGCGCGAGGCUGCCCUUCAAAUUACCCACGCCGAGUGUAACGGCGCGCCCGGUCUCCACUAUGCGCUUGCCAGUCUCAUUGAAGAUCGGUCUGGCCUCGAGGACCUCUGGGGUCACAGCUUUCAAAACAUGUAG